GCUGCGGUCCUGUGAUGUCGGGCUGAUCACCGCGGACUAACAAAGCACUUGUUCAGAGGCUGCUGUGAGGGACCGUUGAAUCAGGCACGAGCGCGAUUUAAGAGCGCUAAAAACGGAAACUAAACCCCCCAAAUCGCCUUAUUUUUAGCAUACAUUGUCGUUAAAGUCGAGAAAUCGACCAAACUUAUUGUAACUUUUGACGGAAUAACAUUUUUUUCUAUCAAGAAACACAAACGGUCAAGUGUUGUUUCUCCUCUGGUGUUCAGAUUUGGACAUCCGUGAACCAUGUUUGACAAGCAGCAUUACGACAGCCCCCCAGUCUACAGUCCUCCUUUCACGCCUCCAUCCAACAACGGCUUCGGUCCUCCGGGCAGUUUUCAUGGCAAUCAGAGUGAUUUCAAUGCCUACCCUCCUCCACCAGGAUCCUACUACAUUGAGGACAGACCACAGCACUUCUACAAAUGGCGCUCACCUCCUGGGAUUGUCAAAGCUAUGAUGGCUACAGUGAUAAUAAUGUGUGUGGCCAUAUUUGCCUGCGUGGCUUCAACCCUCAUGUGGGACUUCCAGUAUGGAUAUGGCUCUGGGAUGGGUUACUACGGCUCUGGCAUGGGCUACGGCAGUGGAUACAUGGGAGGCAGUUAUGGAUCAGGUUAUGGGGGCUACGGAGGGGGCUACGGAGGGGGCUACGGAGGUGGCUACGGAGGUGGAUAUGGUUCUUACAUUUCCCCUUACUCUGCUAAAACGACCAUGAUUGCCAUGGCAGCCAUUAACUUCGUAGGAGCAAUGGGCUUCUUCAUUGCCAGCUUCUCUAAAUCCAACAUAGUUCGCACCAGGAAGUUCUAUCUGGCAGUCCUGAUAAGCUGCGUCAUCAUGUCAAUCCUGCAGGUCAUCAUAAACAUUGUCUACAUCGUCGGUGUAAACCCCAUGGCCCAGAGUUCCUCCAACAUCAUGUACAACCCGAUGCUCAUGAUGUGUCAGAACCUCUACCAGACCAGCUACUCCCAGAUGGGAGGAGUGGGAGGCUUCCCCAUAUACAACCAGUACCUGUACCAUUACUGCUUCGUGGACCCACAGGAGGGAGUUGCUAUGGUUUGUGGGUUCCUGGUCGUGCUCGCUUUGGGGGUUGCAGCUUUCUUCGCAUACAAAACGAGGGGGAAGAUCUGGCGCUACGGAAAGCCAAAUAUCUACUGGGACGAGCCGCUCGUUGGUGGGAAGGCCUCGGAGGGCAGGGAUGUAGAGGAAUGGGUGAACAAUGUGGAGGAAAGCAACAGCGUUCAGGACGCUCCAACCCUGCUGGUGUCGGAGAAAGGGGGCGGGCCUCUCAACGCCUCAGCUAACAGUGUCAUCUCCUAUUCGCCUGUCAAGGUGGACUGCACCUCCUAUAGUGGGGAUGAAAACCAGUACUCAGAAAGAGCCACCAGCAGACCCUCCGAGGUGUUCUCCCAUGGCGGAGGAACCAGCUCCAGCCCCUCAGAUGAGAACGCCGGAGGUCGCAGGCCCUCCGCCCACAGAGGCAAGAGGCGCCGGCGUAACCCCGAGCUGGACGAGUCCCAGUACGAAACAGAAUACACCACAGGAGGAGAGACGGGCAACGAGCUGGACAUUGAAGAGUGGGAGAGCAUGUACCCCGAAAUCAUGACAGAUUCUCAACGUCACGACUACAAGAGGGAGUUCGAUGCCGACCUCCGAGAGUACAAGCGGCUGUGUGCCGAGAUGGACGACAUCAACGAUCAGCUGAACAAACUCAGUCGGCAGCUGGACACACUGGACGACACCUCCUCCAAAUACCAGGCUGUUGCAGAUGAAUAUAACCACUUGAAGGAUCUGAAGCAGACACCAGAAUACCAGUCGAAGAAGAAAGAGUGUCGCAGGCUGAGACGCAAGCUUUUCCACAUCAAACGCAUGGUGAAGCAGUACGACAAAACCCACUGAAGCCGCUCCUCCGUCCUCACGCUCCACUCUGUAAAAGUUUAAGACGUGAGCCAAGACACACUCCAAAAUCCUGCAAAGACUGUCACAUACUCAGACCAAAGUUACAGCAUUCUCAAAGACACAUGGACACACAAAACUGCACCAAUGGGGGGAAAAACCCCAAAGUUUUCUUUGUUGUUGAUUGUUUGCUUUUGUCAAUACUUGUGCAGAAAAUAGAACAAACCAUUUUCACUCAUUUCCAGUUCUCUCAACAUUACGUUAGUGUUUGCAGAAAAACCAUCCCAGAGGGAGGGGGGAAAAAUCUGAAAGUCAUCUGUGAUAAGAUUGUGCGUCUUCUCAGCAGCUUUGUUCGGUCUCCACCGGUCCAAGGCGGAGCCCCACUGUAGGGAGUUAGAGCGAUGGGUGUGGCGGGCUGCAGGGGCCACUUUUGAGCUUUGAAAAUAGAGAUCAUCAGUGUUCAGAACUACCUAACUGUCAGUUCCUAUUUUUAGCUUUUUUUUUCUUUUUUAAAAACUGUGAUGAAACCAAAAAUUAAAAAAAAAAGGGCACAAACGGCCAAUAAAGAGAUGUGCCAUUGUUGUAUUUUAUAGUACAAGCUACAGUGAUUCCAGUUUGUGCAACAUUCCCACAACCAGUUUACAGUACGCAUGUUUUUAACCCUUUAACACCUGAGGCGUCGCCGGCUAAACACAAAAUCUUUAACAUGCUGUAACUUUUCAACCAUUAACACCAUCAAAGUAAUUCCAGUAGAUUCUGAAGGAGAAAAGCGGCCUACUGGAAUUACUUUGAUAGUGUUUACAAUAAAAACAUUACAGUAAAUCAAAGAACAUAAAUAUUAGAGCUCCAGUGUAAAAGGGUUAUAAAGGCUAAAUACUCAUUAUGACUUUUUUUGUAAGAAAUAAGUGUUCAUUCAAAAUCUUCUGAAGCUAUGCAGAUUUAAAAAGAUUAACCAAAAUGUUUUUAAUACGUUUUAUUUUUUUAUCACAAAUGUUUCUCGUAAUUUGAUUAUUUUUUAAUUUAAAUCUACUGUAGUUUUGUAUUAAUCCAUUUUAUUCAUACAAAAAUUACUGUAAAUAUUUAAAAAAAAUCCAGCUGUAUUUGCAUUUUCAUGAAGGACAUUUUCAUUUCACAAACUAUCUGCAAGCCAUUUAUUUUUGUAAGAAUUUACCUUCUUUGAUGGAACAAAAUACUAUUAUUGUAACUUCCAUAAAUUGUGUUGUAUGAAAUGUAAUUAAUAAACAAAUCUAAUUCUGUAAAAAGGAAAA